AAUUCAACAAUUCAUUUAUUAUGAACGGAGGGAGCAUAUCAUAAGCCCUCAAGCGUGACUAAUGAGUUAAAAACUAGGUGACAAAUUGUGUUGGCUCAGUAUUGUAGUGCCGUUUUCUGUCAUGACAGUACUUUCCCUGGUUCUUUCUAUGCUUACAUUUUAAAAAAUGUCACGGCCAUUGCCCCAUAAAACAGAUUUAGAUAGAGACAUUCAAUAUCUAGUUUAUAAAGUUUUGCUAGCAACUAUGAAACUCCAUAGUUAGACAUUACAGCCAGCAAAGAAUAUACAUUCUUAGACAUUUUUUUAGCUACAAAAUUUUGCAAAAAAGAUGGGUUUUUUGACAUUAUUAGAAGUGGCAUCGAUGCCAAUAGUGCAAGUGCUAAUAAUAAGUGUAUUAGGAGCUUUGAUGGCCACUGAUUAUCUCAAGUUACUUCCUGCUGAUGCCCGCAAAUCCCUUAACAAGAUAGUGUUCAUGGUAUUUACGCCUUGCCUAAUGUUUGCGAGUUUGGCAGAGUCUGUCACCUUUCAAGAUAUCGUCUCAUGGUGGUUUAUGCCUGUUAAUGUUGGGCUAACAUUUCUAUUUGGAGGGAUUCUUGGAUGGAUAGUUGUGAAAAUAUUGAAACCAAAGCCAUAUCUUGAGGGACUCAUUAUUGCUACAUGCUCAUCAGGAAACUUGGGAAAUCUUCUAUUGAUUGUUAUUCCUGCAAUUUGCAAAGAAGAUGGAAGCCCAUUUGGUGAUCAUAGAACUUGUUCUUCUGUUGGCCUUUCCUAUGCCUCUUUCUCUAUGGCACUUGGGGGUUUCUACAUAUGGACAUACACAUAUCAGCUAAUAAGAAGCUCAUCCUUGAAAUUUAAAGCACAAAAAACAGCAGAAGAAGAAGCAUUUAAGGAACCAAACAAGGACUUAGAUACAAAUGAAAAGUCUUACCUUCUUGACAACAAUUCUCAAGAUCAACUUCCAAUUAGUGUGACAAAAUCCAGUGAAAAUUUAACAAAAGCAUGUGUAGUAGCAGAAAUAGAGACAGUAAAAGGAUCAUCAUGGAGCAAAAUAGUAGGGGUGUUGCACACUUUCUUGGAAGAGCUAAUGGCACCACCAACACUUGGAGCAAUGGUAGGAUUCCUGUUUGGGUCAGUGACAUGGCUGAAAAAUCUGGUGAUUGGGGAUGCUGCUCCCUUUAGAGUUAUUCAAGACUCUGUCAAAUUACUUGGGGAUGGAACCAUUCCAUGCAUCACCCUCAUACUUGGAGGCAACCUCACCCAAGGAUUGAGGAAGGCACAAGUAAAACCAUCAAUCAUAAUAGCAGUAGUUAGCGUACGGUAUAUCUUCAGUCCAUUGAUAGGUAUUGGAAUGGUUAAAGCAGCAGCCAGUCUAGGCUUCCUUCCAGCAGAUCCUCUUUACCAUUUCGUGCUAAUGCUUCAGUACACCGUCCCACCUGCCAUGAAUAUCGGAACAAUGACACAGUUAGUUGAUGUAGCACAAGAAGAGUGUUCAGUUCUUGUCAUGUGGACUUACUUGGUAGCAGCACUAGCACUCACCAUUUGGUCCACUGUAUUUAUGUGGCUCUUAUCAUGAUUGAAAAAACAGCACUAUACACAACAAAACUUAAGACACUGAAAGCAGCAUUUUUUUAUUUUUUUUUAGGAGUUCCAUUUCUAGUCAAAUUUCUUUUAUGAAGGAGCUUGUAUGCUGUUCUACAUUUGUUUAUGAAAAUACAAAAUCAUUAUUUCGCAUCCUAAAA